AUGUCUCUUAUCGCGCUCGUCGUUGUUGGCUGCCUGGCCUCUGCUAAUGCUUGGGGUGGUCUCUUCAACCGCUUCAGUUCCGAUAUGUUGGCUAACUUGGGGUACGGGCGCUCACCUUACCGCCAAUAUCCUUACGGCCAGGUGGAGCCUGAUGACGUAUACGCCGAGGCUCUAGAAGGGAACCGUAUUGAAAAUGCUAUUGAAGAAACCGGCCACUGCUACAGCUCGCCGUGUAACACCAACGGGGAUUGCUGCCGUGGACUGCUUUGUUUGGAAACAGAAGAAGGAGGCCGUUGUCUACCAGCAUUCGCCGGAAGAAAAUUAGGAGAGAUAUGUAAUCGUGAGAAUCAAUGUGAUGCUGGACUAGUCUGCGAGGAGGUUGUUCCUGGUGAGAUGCACGUUUGCCGCCCCCCAACCGUCGGCCACAAGCAAUACAACGACGACUGCACCGUCUCCAGCGAAUGCGAUAUCACACGUGGACUUUGUUGCAUUAUGCAGCGCCGACACCGCCAGAAACCCAGAAAGAGCUGCGGCUACUUCAAGGAGCCUCUUGCGUGCAUUGGGCCGGUAGCAACAGAUCAGAUCCGUGAGUUCGUGCAACACACGGCUGGUGAAAAACGCAUCGGCGUCUACAGACUUCAUUAA